CCUCCUCCGGUAGCUCUCUGCUCAAAAACAAGUGGACCGUGGAGCCGUAGAGCGGAUAAUAUCAGAGAGAGAGAGCGGUGGAGAUGGUCUGAACUGAUACAGUGUGGCUGAGGACAACUUGGACCGCCGCUGAGAGAUUCCUAUAUGUUCUUGAGAUCAUCUGCCUCUGAAAAACCAAUGGAUCCACUAAAAAUCCUUUAAAGACUGACGUUGCAGAGGCCACUAAUGAAGAGCAGACAUCUUUAUUUUUUUAUGCUGACACAUUUUUGAGGAACUUUUUCUACCCAGCAGAUAUACGAUGGAUGCGCCCUCGCCUCCUCACAUCACGGUGGACAGGGUUGGUGUCCCAGAGGAAGCAGAACGCGGGGAGGAUGUGGAUUUGCCUGCAGAUGACCAUCUCAUGACCUUGAAGGCCUUGACAGAGAAAUUAAGACUGGAGACCAGGAGACCUUCAUACCUGGAGUGGAAAGCCCGGCUGGAGGCGGAGAGCUUCAGAGAGUCAGGAACUGGAAAAAGCCAGAUUCAAGUGGAGCCUGAAGGGAAACUAGUCACACCUAAGGAGGCUGUAGUGAAAUCUGAUGUGAUUCAGUGCAAGCUGCCUUCAGGUGUGCUGAAAGGAUUUGGGAAUAUCGACGAGGCUCUCGGUUGGCUCAGGAGAGAACUGACCGACAUGCGCUUGCAAGACCAGCAGCUGGCAAGGCAGCUCAUGCGCCUCCGGAGCGACAUCAACAAGCUUAAGAUCGAGCAGACGUGCCACCUGCAUCGCCGGAUGCUCAACGACGCCACCUUUGGCCUCGAGGAGCGGGACGAGCUGUCGGACCUGCUGUGUGAAUGCCCGGUGACCCCGGGCCUGGGCCUCUCGGCCCCGCUGAGACUCAUCGGCGUCACAAAGAUGAACAUUAAUUCUCGCCGGUUCUCGCUCUGCUAGUGGCAGUGAUCGCACUUGAAGGAGAGAGUCCUGAAUACAAAACAGCUUGUCUAAUACUGCCUUUGCUCCAGUGCAACACACCAGGCGUGGUCAUAUAUUACAUAGUGGUGAAAUCCUUUGUGCGUUUGGGGCUCGACCACAUUAUUGUGAGGAUGAACCCUGUCUUACAGACCCUAUAAUAAAAGAGAGAGAUUUAGAUAAUGUAUAUUAUUUAGGAAGAAGAGUUUGAGAUUCAAUACAUAUACAGUAUAAUGUUUGUGCCACUAAACUUAACAUGGCAGCUAUAUACAGCAACCUCUCUGUCUUAAAACCACAGCAGAUUUUAGACCUUUAGGCCAUCGUGACUUGAAACACAAUACUUGCAGUUUUUAAACUAAAGUAAAGCAAUGUCAAGCUUAUUUUUAAACUUUAUCAGUUGAUCAUGAGAAUAUUGCUACCAGUUACUUUCUAUAUUUCCUUGCAUUUUGGUUAUUUUGAUCAAUAAACCAAGAUUUAUCAAGCACAGAUUAAAUAUUUAACCUUAUUUUAUACUGUAUUCAGACUUCAGUAUGAGACUUUCAGUGACAGCAAAGAAUCUUUUGUCUUAAUCUAAAUGUUUUGUGCUUUUAAAAAGAUGCCUUAAUGUUCAUACAAAUUGUACACUAUAUACCGAAUGCGUAUUUGAUUCAGCAAGUAGCAGUAUCAAUUUAGGGAGCGUUGUUAUAUGUAGAGUAUGAUGGAGAUGAUUUAUUCUUUGUAAUGGUUGUCAGAAUGUGAUAGCUACUGACCUCAUGAUGGCUUCUGGUCUGUUGCAGGAGUUUGCUUCUUUAAAGUAAAGAUGUCUUGCAAAGUCUUGAGCUCUUGGUUGGAGCUUCGCCUUUUUCUCUAAUAGUUGAACUCCAGCCAAGACAUAACCAUUUAAGAUGGCAUUAUCUGUUUGAAACACAAACAUGUUGUAGUUCCAUGGAGAAACAUUGAAUUAUAACUCAUUUAGAUCUCUGUGUGUGUACCCAGUGACAUGAUUAUGGGGCUCUUGAUUUAGUCCCUCUGGUUACAUUGGCAGUUACUGUAUAAUGGGAUAUAAUGUUUCUUUCAUAACAAGAAAUUGGGUUGGGAGGGGGGGGCUUGCAUUUGAAAUGUGGGCAUGUGAAAUUCCACUCAAAUACAGUCCCAAUGCACAGACCAUGCGCUGGGAAAAUGAGUUUCAGGCUUUGAGACGCCUCUCCUCGUGACCCACAGAUGCUAUAAUACAAUCUGAACAAAAUCACAGCUUUAAAGCUCUCACACACACCUCAACAUCUAAUUUGCUUGCAACAGUGGUACAGAUAGAGCAGAUUACCUCUUGCAUUAACCUCUGAAAUGAUGACAGUAACACCAAUGUGUGUUGCUGCUCAACAUUUCAUGAUCUGUUGUGCGUGUUCUGUAGCAACACAGUACUUGGCCAUUGUCUCAGUUUGCACUGUCCCCUGAGCAGUGAGGCACAAUGCCACCUGGCAAGAAAACAACUGCUAUGUGGACUUGAUCUUGUGUUAAUAAGCCUGUAAUCACAUGGAACAUAUUGUACCUUAAAACUGGUUUGGUAAAAUAUGAUACCCUAAGUGGAUCAUUGUUAGAGCUGGUUUGGUUUCACAAAUGUACUGGAAAUAAAUAAUCCAUUAAGAGAUUAGAUGUAUUACUUACUUAUUGCUUACUUUAGUUUGCUGUCAUCACAACAAAAUCCCACCAAUGGCUAUUAAUGCUUUCUUGUGGUAAGAGCUGUCACAGGGAAAUAAGCACACUAUCUAUUAAAGUGCUCACUGAAGCAUGGAAAGAUUUCAGCGAUCAUAUGCAGUAAAUGGCACUUAGAUAACAUGAACUGGGUAUCCCACCUCCUCUUACCCUCUGUCACUGCCCCCUGCACGAGGAGGCACGAGAGUUAGUGUAAACAGUUGGGGCCGGUCCCCGGGCUCCCACAGACUUUCAUACAUGAUGUGAGGACGUGAGCAUGGGGGUCAUGAGUUUUUGCAUGUGAGAGUCAGUGUACCCCACUCGCUGAUCCCCCGUGUCCCUCUCGACCUAGAGGGCCUGAAGUGGCAUCUAAUGAAUGACUUUGUUGAGCCUGAAAUUUUCAUGCAUGAGCACCAGCUUUAUGAGGGCUUACUGCCGCUGAAAGCCGCAACUCCUUUUGACUGAAAGGCUGCCAAAGGGGGCCAUCACAUGCAUUUUGUAAAAAGCUACUGGUGAUCAAGGUGGUUUCAUUUUUUUUGUUGAUGACUCUCUGGAGAUGUUUAAACUAUUGAAAUGAAAUGAAUGUGGUGCAGCAUUUCAUAAAUCUAAGAAACAGUUUGUUCUAGAGAAAAGGAAGAACAAAAAGUACUUUGUGCUCGUUUAUACUCCAGUUCUGCCCAACAGCUGUCCCUGGAGUUUGCCAUUUCAUUAAUUUCAUGCCUAAACCAUCUCAUUUGCAUGAUAAAAUUACUUGACAGGCAUAAAAUCAAGAACUGUCUCUGCUGUUGGAGCAUGAGGACCAGACACUGAAUCAGUGGUCACAGUCCUGAUGCCAAAAUUAGGCCAUGUUGACAGUUUGAAUAAGCAGUUAGUUUAGUGUGAUUUGGGUAUGAAGUACUUUGCUCCUGUUUGAUUUUUAUGUAUCUUAAAGAGAGAUGCAAUCAGUUGUUAUCUUUACCUUUCAUCUGCCAAAAGCUUUUUUUUUUUCUGAUGUUCGCGACUGGGAAUGUAGGUGCCGUUCUGUUCCAGGAAUAUAACAGAUGUGACACCACAGAGAGGCACUUCUCACCAUGACUAAGCUGCAAACUCAAGCAUGAACGGCUGACAGAAACCUCUGCAAGGUGAACCUCGGGGUGAGACUGGCGAGAAUCCCAGACUGCAUCUCACGCAGAGUGUUUGUGUAGGAGUGUCUACAUCCCAUUUCUGCAAAGAUUUACUUUAAGGAUGAGAUGGUUAGAGUCAGUCCAGAAAAGAACCCAGUACAUAGGCAAAGAGGGUUGAAAACUGUUAUUUACCAUGUUUGGAUGUUGACUUAAGUGAUGUAAUGACAAAACAUUCAACUCUCUGACACUUUGCAAACCUAGAACUUGACCUUGCUUGACCGCCAUUAGUGAUUUACUGGAAAACAUUUAACAAGCAAUGACACUCUUAAUUUUUAAUGGUGUGGAAAUAAGAGCUGAAUCAGACUGUUUUUGUUGGAGAAACAAGGUGCAUUGCAGACUUAUGAGGCUUUAAACUUGACCACACAAUUAAACCCCUGGAGUGUUGAGACACUGA